AUCAUCCUUUUCCGCGUUCUGUGUUCUGUCAAACGAUUUGUUUGCCAAUUUUUGCUUUGGACGCCCAGUUGCAUUGGGAAAUAUCUAUUAUUUCGUACAAAUCUUUAAAAAGUACAAUUUUUCCCAAUAUAAAUAGUGUUGUUAUUUUGAAAUUACAAGAGAUAACCUCAAAACAGCCAAAAUGACGACUGCUAUGCCAAUCAAUCCGAAACCAUUUCUGAAUGGUUUGACCGGCAAACCGGUAUAUAUUAAGCUUAAAUGGGGUCACGAGUAUAAAGGCUUCCUAGUAUCGGUCGAUGGGUACAUGAAUAUGCAGCUGGCAAAUACGGAAGAGUACGUAGAUGGACAGAAUACCGGCCAUCUGGGUGAGGUACUGAUUCGGUGUAAUAACGUUCUGUACAUCCGCGGCAUCGAUGAUGACGACGAGGAGGGUGAGAUGCGAGAUUAGAUUAAGAAGUGCUGAUCGGAUGUGUGUGAAUAUAGAAUACGAGAAAAAUAA